CCACAUUGUAUUUACAUAGUAUUGUAACUACGCCGUACAUACUCCGUACCACCAAAUUCCAAUGACUAAUCUCUUAAGUAUUGUUAAGGCUCUUUAACUCCGAGUCUCCGACCAACAAGUACCGUCAGUGUAACCUGCAGCUCAGUCGUGAAACUUUACAUUUGCCACGUCAAUUCAAACAUCCAAACAAUAUUCAACGUUUGACAAGAACAACAAACAGCACGUAAUUCCCUUUCGUGAUACCAACUUCAGGCCCUUACCAUGAGGAAAGUUGAGCCCUCUGAGGAUGAUGAGUUAGGGAUAUUGGAAGAUAAAACAGAGGCGCUUCCCUUGCGCUCCAAACGGACUGAGAGAGCAUUGAAGAAGCAGGCGAAGAAGACUAAAAAGAUAGGAGAGCAAUCACAGGAUCUGAUGAACUUGCCAUACGAACUCGUGUUGCAAAUUCUGACGCUUCUUCGUCCUAGCGACCUCUUCAACUUGCAACGCGUUAGCAAGGCUUACCAUGGAUUCAUUGUUCAGGAUGGACCUUGGAUCGCCAAGUCUAUCAUGAAUUGGCGCUAUGCCUGUCUUAAGAAAUGCUUCAGGUUGCCUGUACUCAUGGAAAAGGUUGACCCAAGCAUUCAAGCUUUCAUCCAGAGUCCCGAAAGACUGGACCUUCACAUCGUUCAUCAGAAACCAUAUAAACACGUUCAAGCCCCGGAUCCAGCUGAGAUAUGCACCUGUCUAACCUGUCUGUUGCGCUGGCUGUCUUUAUGCCUCAUCGUCGACUUUUCCCACUGGCAGAAGAACUUAGAUAUGGGAGAACCGAUUCCGAUGAUAAGAAGAGGCAAGAAUCCUGAAUGGAAUCGGAAUCUAAUAGCUUCCAAUGCAGCUAUCGUACGGAAAGCCCUCCAUAGCCCUCUCUGGUAUGCUAGACUACUUGAGGCCCAUUUGAGCUCAACAGUGAGGUCAAUAAGUCGGCAUGCCGCCAACAAAGGCAAUAAAAGGCAUCGUUUCCGCAUGUCCCGGCGGGAGAUGGAAUCCGGUGCCGACCUAUUCUUAGAAAGAAGUGGCCCUCCAAGCUUUGAUUUCCCCUUUCACAGGGACAACUAUUAUAUGCUAGAGGCCUACUUGCCCAACAGAGGAUGGAAUGCUGAACAUGAGAAGUGGAUGUACGUACCGGCUAACCAGCACAACCUGGACAUUGACUAUAUUGCCAGUAGGGGCAGGAUACGACGCAAAAGAGCUGCUGAAGAAACCGAAAGGCAACCAGAGGAGGGACAGAGAACUUGAAUGAUGCCUCGAAUGUCAUAUAAUACACCCCGCAUUCCCUGUCAUUAUUUUCGAAGCUCGCUGACGGCCCCGUCGCGAGCUUAACUGGCCUUUCUACCGCCCCUCUAUAGAACACCGCACCUAAAAUUCCUAUACAAGUGCAAUCCCCUAAAAUAAG